GAUCCUUCAAACCUUAGGUUAUGUCAUGUCAUUAUCUUUGGUGGGCCACGUUGUUAGGACCCGUCCAUUCAUCCUAGAAAUCGUCUAUACAAGCUUUCCCGAAAGUCAGGGUGUUUCAGAUUCAUUUCUGAUCUCCAUUGUGUGGUCAACAAGAGAAUCGAUUAUUGUUGAUCUACGUCAACGAUU